AUGCCAAUUUCAAAAAGAAGAAAAGAAAUAAAUUUGGGAAAAGUUUCCAAACAAAAUAAAGAAGGCAAAAAAGAAUUGAUUGAAACGAUUCAAAGCUAUGUAACAAAUUAUAAUUAUAUUUGGAGAUUAGAACCUGAAGGCAUGAGAAAUUUAUUUUUACAACAGAUCAGAGCUGAUUGGGCCCAUAAAGGAAAAAUAAUAUUUUGUAAAAGAACACUUAUGCAAAAGGCAAUUGGAGUUGACAAAAUGGAAAGUGUCGAAGAUUAUUUUGAAAGUUUUAUUAAAAAAGAUCAUGCCAGAUCUGGAAAUAUUGCCAGUGGAACAAUUAUAAUACCUGAGGGUAUAGUUCGAUAUAAUUUUGGGAGUGCUAGUAAUGAUUAUUCCAAUGGAGGAUUCCCAAUACCGGUCACAAUGUCAAAACAAUUGGAGAAAUUAGGAAUGCCAGUUGUUGUAGAAAGAGAACAUUUGGUGCUUAAAUCUGAUUAUAAAGUUUGCAAUAUUGGUGAUAAACUUAGCAUCGAGCAAGCACAUUUAUUGAAAUUAUUACAAAUUACCAUUUCAGAAUUUAAACUUAAACUUACUCAUUAUUACGAUAAAUCAACUAAAGAAGUAAAAGUUCUUUGA